UGUUGGCGGCAAAGCGAAUGAAAGAAAACGUCUUCGUAAAUAAUUAGAGAAUGAAUUCCAGAGUCUUUACUACUUGAGAACGGGUUUAUUGACAAAGCCAAUAGCGUGAGACUCAGUAUGAAGUAAGAGCCAAAGCGAUACGCUUGCACUUCUACAAAGUCAGUUUCUUACCGACAAGCCCAGCGUCCCAUCACUCGCUCAGUCCGACGUAUUUCUUUUGCCAGCGAAUUCCAUUGGUAACUUGCCUAGCCUAACGUUCAGUCUUAGCAGGACCGCCAGCAGCAGCGCCAGUUCCGCCGUGCCCGUGGUGUAUCGGAGAACAGGAGCCAGUAUGGCACAAGCGUCAAAGGAACGAUUCGAAAUGACCUCCGAGGAGGUGGACAAGAUUGGGAAGGCCUUGAAAAAUGAAGACUUCCGCAAGAUGCUGUUCGAAUACGCUGAAGAGAUCUCUGACCCCGCCAACAAAGCGCGUUAUGAAAAGGAGAUUGCAGAGCUUGAAAAGGAACGUGGGAGCGACGUCACCUUCCUUCAUCCAAAGCCUGGCUUUGUGGUGAAGACAUACACCGAUGCAGAGAAAACAAAGAAAGUGUUUCUCAACGUGUGCCAUGCACCGGAAAUUGAAAUGGCCACCUCCACCAGAGUGACAAAUGCAGAUGGAGUUGGUGGCCAGAACUGGUCAAUACCCUACAGUAUUGCAGCAGCACGGGAAGACAUUGAUAAAGCCAAGAAGCGCUGCAUUGUGAUUGACAUUAUCUUCAACGAGCGUACGCUGGAGCUUGCCAAGAAGGAUAAACGAUUCCAGAAGCUGGUCAUUGACACAUGUUUUGAGGGCCUUGAACAAAAGCAAAAUGCUAAACUGCUUACCACUGGUUAUCGUAUUCUGAAACAUGUCGAAUACAAGGGUCAACCGCAAUCAUCUGUCCUACGAAAGCCGGGAGCGAAGCCGAGCGACAUGCCUGAGCCGGCUGACGAUUUCUCCAAGAAGCUUGAAAGUAUGUACCCCUACAAGGACGCAGACGAAAAGCAACCAUCAUCAGCAUCGUCUCUAUUAUCUAAUGGGAGAACUGCUCCAGCGACAACAGCCCCACCUAAGGGGAAGGAAGCGGUAGCACCUCCAGCAUCUUCAAGGCCUUCUAGGCCCAGUGAAUUGCAAACAGCGAAUCUAUCGCAGCCGCAGUACAGAAUAGUACAAAGAGGCUACUUUGAUAUUCAGGAUUUCAGAAUGGCCAGAGACGCUGGUCCCGGAUGCUGGCCUAAGCAGCUUGUCGUCACCAUAUCUCUGCCGAAGUGUGCCAAUAUGACUGGUGUGGAGUUGGAAGUACUGUCAAAGGAAGUGCUGCUGACCAUCGAGUCCCUGGACGUGGAUUUGGAGAUUGCCCUACCGUAUGCUGUCAAUGAGGAGAGUGGCUCGGCGACAUUUGACAAAUCAAAGCGAGAGCUAGUGGUGACUUUGAAUGUCCUGCCGCCACCAGCUUCUCAUGCAGCUGCAAGUUUCAAUCAAACUACUACAUCCGCCGAGCAGGAUGAGGAUGAGGGAAAGGAAGCAGAGGAAGACACUGAUGCAGAGAAGCUGGAGCACACUGACACGGAUGUAACAGCAGCCAACGGUUCAGGCAGUUUCAGCUCAGCGGAUAUGCAGGCAAUGCAGAAGAGCCAGCCUGUGGAGGAGUGUGAUGUUGCAGAAGAGUCAACUCCCGCUGAAGGACUUCAGUCCGGUGUUGGCGAUGAUGGCCGUGACGAGUCUACCUCCAAUGGUUCUACAGCACCAGGUACUGGCUAUGCGUGCAGUGAGAGUCUCCCAGAACUAGAACUGAGUCAGUCCAAGUCUGAAAUCAGUAUGUUCUGGCAUGUUGACUCACCCACAAAUCUUCAUGUGCAAGAAACUACGGAAAAGGCAAUUCUGGACUGGGAUGUAGUCGCCACACAAACGCACUACCGGGUUGUCAUUGCGAGCUGCAAGGCAGAUGAGCUGUUCCAUGUCAUCACAACGAACUCCAUUUCAGCUGGCAUUCUUGUUCUGCUUGCAAAAGAAGAGCAGAGUCAAGUGCUGUGGACUUCCAUUGCUGUCGGGCCGGCAAGCAAUAAACUACAGCUUGUAGACUUCAAGCAGCCGGUCCCAGGUGCUGAGGAAGUGCCAACUGACGGUGUAAUCAAUGUUGCCAGUGCUCAUUCAGAUCAACAGGAGAACGGAACAAGUUCAAACAGCAACGAAGAGCAAGGCCAUGACACCAACGCUACUACACACUCCGGGAUCUGGGUGGAUGGGGAGCAACCCGAAGCAGACCCUAGUAUGAACGAUAACGGCAGUUCUGCGCCCGAGCAUCUACGGUCAGAGGUGGUUGAUAGCCAAUUGCCGGAUGGUUCCCUACCAAUAUCUGCUAUCGUAGAGAGCGUCCCCAGUUCAAGAACGGAAAUAGAGCAGGGAACGGAAUCGCAAUCAUCCGGAACGGUUCAGACAGCCCGGGACCAGGCUGAUGAUAGUGAGAUGCAAAGCUUGCACUGUAGUGACAAUGUGAGGAUGCCCAGUGACUCUAAGCCAGAUAGCACUGCAUUCCCUGAUAGUCCAGCAGUCCCCACUGCCAGCAGUGACAACGGGCUGCCUGCAACUUUGGAACUAGGAAACCCCUUGAUAUUUGACCUUGAUGACUAGCAGCAGUUUGUAGCAGUGCUGCGUUGAUGACUGGUUUGUGUUCCUGCGCGGCAAAGACUUGAUCUCACCAAAUAUAUGUAAGCUGAAUCUCUGACUUGACUUCAAACCAUCACACAACUAGAUCAUACUCAUUACUAUUAUUACUUUGGAAGCACAUGCAUUUUUAGAAGUCACGAUAUAAAACUCAUUGUUGUAGGAUCUCAAUUCUGGGCAAUGAAGAAAUGCCUGUGGAGAGCUACGUGUCUCUAUUGUUUGGCAUGUAGUUCCACGAAGUUGGUAAAUCUGGCAGGACUGCAACUUGCGUAUAAAAGGAGGAAGACGGAUGAAAGUGUGAGGCCGAACAUAAGCGCCAAUGGCAAUACAAUAAAGAACUAA